AUGGCUAUUGGUCAACGAAUAACGGCACCGUACGCCGGCCUUUUUGAUCCCACGCGGUUUGUAACCUCGUGGAUUCUCCCACCAGCCGCUCUCUUCGCUAUUCGCGCGCUAUUGGCCAUUUACGCAUUUACCACGCUCUUUUUUAUCUUUGGCUGGAAUGGUACCCACGGCAGGUCCGACGCUUCGCAGCAAUCCUUCUCUUUCUUCACGGUUCUGACGUAUUGGGGUCUCGCCUUUUACUAUGCCUUUGCCGCUGUGCAUACCGGCAGUUACUGGUUUACUGGAACUUCGUUUUUGGCACGAUGGCCCAAAGCGCUGCAGGUGGCGCACAGCAUGUUUUACUCUACCAUUGUAGUCUAUCCGUGGAUAGUGACCAUUGUUUACUGGACACUUCUUGCGGGUCAAUUCCCCACCACCUUCGCUCUCUGGUCAAACACGUCACAGCAUGCUCUCAACUCGGCGUACGCCCUUUUCGAGAUAGUUAUCCCCCGAACUGAGCGACUGCCCUGGCUCGACCUGAUUCCAAUUAUCCUCCUGUUGGCUCUUUAUCUUGGCCUGGCCUACCUCACGCAUGCGACCCAAGGCUUUUAUGUAUACCCCUUCCUUGACCUUCAGAAGAAUUCUUCUGGGCUAGUCGGAGCGUACAUAGUGGGUAUUCUGGUCGCCGCGAUUAUUAUCUUCUUGAUUGUCAGGUAUCUCAUCGUGUUGCGCGUCUUUGUCACUGAGAAAAAGCUAGGGAAGACUGGGAAGACUUCAACGCGUCAAUACGCGGCGGGCGCUGAUGAAUAUCCUUUACACAGCACCAUACAAAAAUAG